AUGCUUCCAAUAACGCAAACGCAAGUGCAGCUCCGGGCACGACUCGGCAGACGGUUGGCGGCCGUACUGCUCUGGAUGGCCGUGGCAGCACUGCCAAUCGAACCUGCGGUUUCCGCAUCCGCCACCAGUUCGGUUUACGUGGAAAAAUCCGCGUACAAAAAUAUCGUCAUCGAGAUAAGGGAUAACGUACCGGUGGAAAGCUGCCAAACGAUUCUGCACAACGUCGAGAUCAUGCUGACUUCGGCCUCGCAGUACCUUUUUUCGGCGCUGGACGGUCGUGUAUAUUUCGGAGACAUUACCGUCAUUUUGCCACCCCAUUGGCCUAAUGCCUGCAUCCCGUACAACCAAACGCGAACGUCGGCAAGCGGUGAGCGUAGUGAUGUAACGAUCAAAACACAUUCCAAAACCGAGUCCCCCAUAUGGACGAAACAGUUCGCUGGAUGUGGUGAGAUGGGUGAUCAAAUCUUCAUCGAUGCUGACAUCCUCGCACGGGACACCAUCGGUCGGGAGUUUGUUCGUGAGUGGGCCAAAUAUCGGUACGGCGUUUUCGACGAGAUCGGUUUCACUAAAGAUCCCAUUUAUCCACGCUGUUUUAUAAAUGAUGAUCACGAGCUGAAGUUGACGAGUUGCUCGGAUGCUCCGGUUCACGAUCGUGGUCUCUGUGGCAGUCCCACGUCAUACAACAUCAGCGACAUCGUCGAUAGAAAUGCCCGCUCAAGCAUUAUGUUUGCUGCGGAGGCUCCCAGCGUGACCAUGUUUUGCGACGAAGGAACUCACAACCGGUACGCUCCAACGAAACACAACCAGCUGUGUGACCGACGCAGCACUCUCGACGUUAUCCUAAAACACCGUGACUUCAUCAUGGAAAAUCAAAUAAACGUCAACCCUUCGAUCAUAAUCAACACCACCCCAAAAUUCAGCUACAAAACGCGUAAAUCCACCCGGUACGUGAUCAUCAUCGAUGAAACUCUCGAUAUGCAGCUGCGAGAAUCCUGGAGCUUCCUGCGCUCAGCUAUUCGGAAGUGGGUCGUCUAUGAUCUACCGGCCAACACCGAAGUGGGAAUGGUUCUAGCAAAUGACACAGCCACGGAAAAAAUGCUCCAGAUCUCCUCCUUGUACAUUCAGGAAAACAAAGAUCUUGUCGCUUCAUUUAUUCCAUAUUCACCAAGCGAUUCUCGCCAACCGGCUUGUCUUAGUUGUGCGGUAACAGACGCCAUCCAGAUGCUAAACGAGCGCACGCGUAUGAACGGCCCGGCAAAUUCGAUCAUUUUGGUCAUCGCUCCCGGAAUGGAAUACUCCAUCGAUCAUGCCACACUUGCGAAUUCUGCCAGUUCGUCCCGAAUCCGGAUCUCCACCAUUAACUACCCGAAUGUGAUCCGUCGUCAACCGCUGGAUGCUCUGGCACUCUCCACAGGAGGUUCUGCUUACUCGGUAUUCGAAACGAAGUACAAUCACGAAAAAAGCUAUUUGACAACCUACUUCGAAUUGUCCAACACCCUGUUCAACAUCGGCCGGCAGUACUACGAAGGCAACAAGAAUGAUCUACCGAUCGAAAUCUAUCGCAAGGAGCUGCUGGACUCGGAUGACAACGGUGCUGUCCAUAUGCUGGCGAAGCGAACCAGCCAGACCGUGACCGGUAGCUUCCAUCUGGACUCAUUUAUGGGACCUCCCGCGUACUUUUUCGUCUACGUACACAAUCCAGAGAAUCCGCUAAUUGAGAACAUGAAGCUGACCAGUCCGAGUGGCAUUGUUUACUCGUCUAGAAGUGAUGCCAGAUCUUUGGUAAAGCAAUUAAUGGUGUCCGCUACGCUGAACGAAACCGGUAGCUGGAGCUACAAAAUCGACCGAUUUAAUGGACAUCCUCAGCCACAUUACGUGCAGGUUCUUGCGACACCCCGUUCGAAAUAUGCACCAACAAUUCAAGCGCGUUCCUGGAUUCGGCAGCGCGCUGGUGGUCCGCCUGUCAUUUACGCUGAGAUCAAGAGAGGUGAUUUGCCAAUAAUUGCGGCUUUAGUCGAAGUGACUGUGUCUCGUCCGGACGGAAUCUGUCCGGCCGGAAGUGGAAAUGAUUGUCGCCAGAAAUUCCAACUGCUAGACACGGGCUCCGGCGAUCCAGAUAUUACCAGAAAUGAUGGAAUCUACUCUCGAUAUUUCAACGCCGAUGAUUUUGGAGGUGCAGGAGCCUAUCAGUUCGAGGUAACGGCUACCGAUAACGGGAACAUGGCUUACACACGGUCGGAGAGUGUACUCAAAGGAGCUCCUCCCAGAUGUUGUGGAAGUACCGUACGAACUACGUUGAUGUCUUCUAUAGUACCGUUCCAACGAACUCUUCAGCCCAUCACUGUAUUUCUGUCUCAAGAUCAACUGGAUGAAAUAGGUUCGCGAACAAUUGGAAAGAUCAGUGACUUGAUUGUGGACGUUGACGGUAUGAAAGUUCGCCUGAACUGGACCACCCCAGACAUGGGCGGCAAGAGCAUCGCUCGCUACGAAAUCAAAUACGCAACAUCGAUUCGUGACAUCGUCGAUUAUUAUGACACAGCGGCGUUCCUAUGGCACCAUGACACACCGCUCAUCAAUUCCGUUGGCGAUGAAAGUUCGUUUACGAUGAACUUAUCCCACGAACCACACCUCAUCGGACAGAUCCUCUACUUUGCCGUUCGAGCUCAUGCCCUCGGCGUUGUCGGCGGAUCAACUUCGAACUACGUAAGAGUAUUCGUACCUAAACCGAAACGUGCCACCUCCCUGUCACCGUCUACAUCCAUUGGAACGGAGAGUUACGAAUCCGUGUGGUCGUCCUACGAUGAGAUCCGCGAAAAUCACAAUCGUCGUGUGAACAUCCAUCAAAGAAUCGCCGAUACAAUCAGCCUGGAAGUUGAAGUUUUACUCGCCAUCAUAGCUGGAGUCGUGUUUUUGAUAAUCAUCAUCCUAAUUUGUUGUUAUUUCUACUUUUUUAAAAAACGAACCAAUCCUCACGAGGAUGACCAGAAACGUCCCAUUAAACCAUUCACGAGUGAGACAAAAACCUCAUUGGGACAUAAUGUCUUCGUGACGGCGGGAAACGUAACUUCCUCGUCGUCGAACGCAACCAGCUCGACGUCGGCUUCUCCAGACUAUGUUCAGCAGACAAACGUGAGCCCAAGCAUCCCGACCAUCUACAACUCUCGAACGCUUCCCAUCGAACAGAAACUGAUCGAUGAGCUAAAGCACCAGCAGCAGAUGGCGGACACGCAAUCGUUCGUUUUGACACCGAACGACGCCAUCAACUACAACAGCACCCUGUCACGUGGAUACAAACCGACGGUAACCAUCAACGACAACCGAACGCUGAGUCCGUUUGAAUCAUGGUCCGCUUCACAACUACUUCAAGAGCACGAACAACACCAACGCCGACGUAGCCCGAGUCUUAUCGACAACUACCUGGACAACGAUGUUCAGCAAUUCUACAAUAGCCAGCACGAUCAGAUGUCCCUGCUGAACAACAGCAAUCCCCCAAUGCCUCCACCACCUGUUUACACCACAUCAAAUCCGCCUUACUUCUACGAGCAGCAGCAAACACAUCAGUUGCAGCAGCAACAACAACAACAAAUGGCUACACAGCGAAAGCAAAUUUCCCGUAAAUAUUGCUCCAAAGGAGAUAUUUCACGUUGUACCGAGGCCAUCAAUACCGGGGCAACGGUUUUGGGCAAGCUGUAA